AUGACAACAACAGAGGGAGGUUUUCACGGGCACAAAACUCUGGAAAUAACUUUGCUAACAACAGAGGAAGGAAGAAUAUGUAAAAAGAAUCAUGCUGGAGAAUGCCUAGCAGGAAGAGGUGUAUGUUUUAAGUGUGAAAAACCUGGACAUAUGUUGAGGCAGUGUCCUCGGAAUCAAGGUCAGAAUUCAUCAACCCAAACUGCAACAAGAGGAAGAGUUUUCACUCUUGGUGGUCAGGAAGCGACUCAAUCUUCAAAUUUGGUUAAAGGUACUGGUCUAAUACAAGAUUUUCUUAUAACUAUACCAUUUGAUUCUGGGGCUACUCAUUCUUUCAUAUCCUUAUCUUCUGUUCAAACGUUAAAAUUACCAAUUUUCAUUUUACCUUCUUAUCUUGAAAUCUUUCUUCCUACUGGAGAAAAUAUAAUCACAUCUCAAGUAUGUAGAAAUUGUUAUUUUCAACUCAAAGGAAAAUUGUUUGAGAUAGAUUUAGUUUGUUUGCCUAUGAUUGAUAUAGAUGUGAUUCUUGGUAUGAAUUGGUUGUCCGCUAAUUGUGUGGUCAUUGAUUGUCAUAAUAAAAGUAUAAUUUUCACAAAAGAAUCAGAAUUUCCCAGUGAAUCCUUAUUUUUGUCAACUUCCCAAAUUAGGAAGAGUUUGUUAGAUGGAGAAAAAGGAUAUGUUCUCUUUAAUCUUUCAGAAGCAAAGGCUAAACCUGAUGCAACCAGUAUCCCUAUUGUCUCUGAAUACUCAGAGGUUUUUUCGGAUGAAAUUUCAGGUUUACCCCCAAAUAGAGAAAUUGAAUUCUCUAUUGACCUAAUACCUAGAGCUUGUUGA